GUAGUACAUUGCACAGCCAAAUCCUAUAUACUGUUCUAUUGGGAGCAAGAGAGCAAACACUGUUUCGAUGAAAUACAUUGGACUUUGCGGGCUCAUCAAUUGGGCCGUAAGAUAUCUAAAGAAGAGGCGGCUGAUCCCAGAACAGGGAUGUAAUCAUUGAACGUAAGAGUGUUUUACUUCAUCGCACACGCCUAUAUAUGCCUGAGAAGCAAGCGACAAAUAUAGGAUAAGCCAACGCCAAGGCACCCAAAAUAGAGGAGCACGGAUUUAUUUCAUGAUUUUUCACCAUUUGCUUAUCAUUAUGAAAUAAUAAUAAAAUGGACCCCACAUCAGUGUAAUGUCAUACAAUCCUUCAGCCUAUAAAUAGAGCCUUUUCUCACAUUCCUCCUUCAUUAUACUCUCUUCUACUAUAACAUUGAGCUAUGAACAUCAGUGGUCUAAGUGAGCUCCACAGAGCAUCGCUCAUACUCUUGUUUGCACUACUAGCAAUCCUUGGGUCUCGAUGCAUGUUUCAUUGCAUACUCACAAGGAGAAAGAAGUUCCGGUUACCACCGGGCCCAUUGGGCCUUCCGCUGGUAGGCAACCUUCCAUUCCUCGGCCCAAAGCUCCACCACCGCUUCGAUGAGUACUCGCGGGCAUACGGCCCGAUAGUGAAGCUUAAGCUCGGUAGCAAGCUCUGGAUCGUCAUCAGCUCACCAGAGAUUGCAAAGCAAGUUUACAAAGACAAUGACAUCAUCUUCUCAAAUCACGAUCAGCCCAUCGCCGCCAGAGUCAUCUCCUACGAGGGUUCUAACCUAGUCCGAAGCCCUUACGGGCCCAAGUGGCGAAUGUUGCGCAGGGUUUUCCUACACGAGCUUCUCAACAACAAGAAUCUUGACUCCUUCUCUACUCGUCGACAAGAAGAAGUUGACAGAAUGGUGCGCGAGCUUUAUACAAAAAGGAGCAGUCCUAUAAAUGUUGGAGAGCAAGCUUUUGCGGCAUUUCUGAAUUUACUCACAAGUAUGCUAUGGGGUGGGACAUUAGAAUGGGAGGGAAAUGGUGCAGGGUUCAGGCAAGUGGUGAUCGAGGCAGUGGAGCUGCUAGGGAGGCCAAAUGUAUCAGAUUUCAUACCGAUGCUCGCUUGGUUCGACCUGCAGAGAAUAGAGAGAGAAAUCAAGAAGCGUGUUUUGUGGCUCGAUAAGUUGUAUGAUAGCAUUAUUGACGAAAGGAUGAAGCUCGUUGCGGUAGGAGAGAAGAACUGCAGUCAGGAUUUCUUGUCAAUUCUUCUAAAGAUUAAAGAAGAUGCUAAGAUCCCGCUGACAAUGACCAACCUCAAGGGCUUGAUCAUGGACAUUAUGGUAGGAGGGACAAGCGUCACCUCAUCGACAGUCGAGUGGGUGAUGGCAGAGCUAAUGCACAGACCUGAGAUCAAGCAAAAAGCCCAAGAAGAGCUCGAAAAAGUAGUUGGCCAAAACCACACGGUCAACGAGUCCCACAUCCCCAAGCUGCAUUAUUUACGAGCCGUGAUAAAAGAAUCUCUCAGACACCACGCUGUGGUCCCUUUACUAGUCCCUCGUGUACCUAGCCAAACCUGCGUCGUGGGGGGCUACCUCAUCCCAGAGGGAGCUCGUGUGGUCACAAACGUCUGGGCUAUCCAUAUGAACCCUGAAUUCUGGGAGAAUCCUUCAGAGUUUCAACCAGAGAGGUUCUUGAAUGCCAAGAGCAUCAGAGAAUUUAGCUUCUUCCCUUUUGGAUCAGGGAGGAGGAGAUGUGCAGGAUUGCCGCUAGUUGAAAGGAUGCUGCCGCUUGUUGUGGCCACAUUGUUGCAUGCAUUUGAAUGGAGAUUGCCAGAAGGGGUGGAAUUUGACCUUUGUGAACGACCAGGGGUCACCUUAACCAAGGCGAGACCAGUUCUGGCUAUUCCCACACCAAGAAUUGACAUUUCAAAACUCCAUAAUAACUGCUAAUGAUCGCGUUCUCAGAUAUUGAUGGAAGACUGGUAACAGGUUGUGUACAACGUAGUAAAUGGAAGCUAGCUGCAUAUGAACGAGGGUGCAAGUCCAAAUGGCUAAAGGAAAAUGUAAUCGGUGGAAGUUACAGAUAGGUAUGCAGAUGCUCUGCUUCGAUUCUGUAAUAUGAUGUCAUGCUCAAUGUAUUUCCAGCCAAAUCUAAAGAAAAUUAUAUCAAU